UCGGCCGCGUGCGUGCGUGCGGAGUACUUGUGUCAAUUAGAAAAAGUUAUAUUACGCGGUAAAACGACCAUGAAUAUUAUUUCGCUCGUAGUUUGGACGUUAGAAAGCAAUUGUUUUAUAGUGUACACAGUGUUAAUUGUGUUUUUUAUUGCCUUUACAAUGUUUCAUAAUAAUAGAUUAGAAGAAAAUCAUAAUAGAAAUAGGACUGCCUCGAAAAAGAAUUUAGCGAACAUUAACAUUGGUAGAGAACGAGAACAUCCAGAUGAUGAUGACGAUCCAGAUUUCCUCCUACCAGCGAUACCUGAAGACACUCCUCACAUUCCCUACAAACCUCUCAAGAGGUCGAUAGCUGAUGUCCUACAAAGAUCUCUCGACUAUUACGAGCUAAUGGCAAAGAGAAGAACUGUUAGAAAAUUCAGUACUGAACCGAUACCUCAGGAGGUUCUAGAUAACAUCGUAAAGACAGCAGGUACGGCACCAUCAGGAGCCCACACAGAACCUUGGACAUUCGUAGUCGUCCAGGAUCCAAGCACAAAGGAAGCGAUCAGAGGCAUCGUAGAAGAAGAGGAAGAACAAAAUUACGCUCGAAGAAUGUCUAGACAAUGGGUGACAGACUUAAAACCCUUCGCUACCAACUACAAAAAGCCUUAUCUGUCGGACGCACCAGCUCUUAUCCUGGUCUUCAGACAGACGUACUCCUGGCGAGCUGAUGGAAAAAAGAGGAUGCAUUAUUACAAUGAAAUCAGCGUUGCUAUAGCCGCUGGGUUCCUCUUAGCUGCUAUUCAGUACUGUGGCCUCGUAGCCCUAACCUCUACGCCUCUGAAUUGCAACUCUCGCUUGAGAGAUCUCUUAUCAAGACCAGCUAAUGAACGUUUAGAACUACUGCUACCAGUCGGAAGACCCCAUGAAGACACCACCGUGCCAGACAUUAAGAGAAAGAGCUUAGAAGAAAUUUUAAUAAACGUCUAAAUCGAAUUUUUUGUCUAGGCAACUGAAUUUUGCUCAAUUUAUAAAUACGUCUAGAUUUUUUUUUAAUUUUUU